UAUUUUACAAGUUGGCUAGUAUUGGGCGCGCCUUUACUAGACAAGGUUUUCAUAACUGUGUUUUAGUGUAAAUUAAAUUAGUGUUUGACUGUUAAUCCUGGUGGUGAUUAAUUGGACAUGUGAUUAUUUGACAAAUAAUUAAAUUUCGCAAGUGCUUUCAGUUUGGACAAAGAGUUUGAUACGGUGAUACGAUCUCGAAUAUACCACCAUGUAUUGGUUACCAGUUCUUUUGGUAGCCAUGGUGGCCGGCGCGCACGCGCAGCAGACAGCACAGACCAGGGUUGCAGACACACUCAGCGAGUGCUAUAGGGAUCCCUUGCUCGUGAACAGGAACAACUUGCCUCCUGUCACAGUCCCCGUUCUCAUUGACAUCAUAAGGAAAGUAGAAGACAACCCUAAUGUCAACAUGGAUUUGAGGCAGCUUGCCGCCAUACUUCUUCAUACGUAUCGUCAAGAUGGUAUUGAAUUCCAUCAGCCCGAAAACUCUAUCACUUCUUCGAAUGUGCUGCCGUUUGCCCCAACCUUCCAUUCGUUCCAUCGUCACAGGCUUUUGCUAACGAGACUCAUUCCCAAUAAUCUGCAGGUUUUGGCCAACGACACUCUUCCUUCGGUGUUGAAGUGUACGCUUCAUCAUAUGUUAUCAACGACCGUGGACGCAAGAGUACGAGGUGAUGAAAAUACCUGUUCGCAAUUGUCUCAAUACAGAUAUUUCAGAUCUGCGCGAUCCAGGCGUUCUAUCAGCGAAGAUGUUGAAAUUUUGAAACCAGCGGAUUUAAAAUCAGCCAACAGGAAUGGAAAGAUGAGGCGUUACGAUCCAAACAACGACGUAGAAUUCAGUAAUGUGGGCAAUGGCGGGUCGCUGUCUGAACGUCAGGUAGCUGAGAGCACCUGCCCACUAUUGGGAGGCGUGAUCAAAACCGCUUGGGGCGCGGUUUCGGCUGGAAACGUGAUCGCGGGUAUUGCGGCCGGAGCGCAGCCGCAGCGAGUUAACAUACUGGAGUUGGUUAGAGAUGCGAAUAACGUUAACUACAGAAAUGUUCAACAAACCGUGAAUUCGCUCUACCCAGCCACUCUUGCUGGUGACUUAGCUGAGGCGGUGCUUAUUCAAGGCACGGAGCGAGGCAGCACUUCCAUAUCUAUCGGUACUGGUGGCAACUGGAACAGCACACAGGCUCCAAGGCACUUCAUGCUCACGAGUCGAACAAACGUUGAGAUGACUGACCCUGAAAUCCGAGGAGAUAUCGAUGGUUUCGUCCUGGGUAGCACAAUUGCUGGACAGUUGAGCACUUUCAGCUCUUUGAGGUUAUCACAGCUCUUGGAUAUGUACUAUUCCCAAAGGAAUGGUGCCUUCGAUUCUAACCUGAGAGCUUGCAAUCGCCGCGCAUUAAUGCAACAGUACGUAACUAAUGAUAACUUAAUCAGCGAAACCCAUGCGUUUGCCGCCGCCCUGGACACCAACAUGCCUCUCCGAGGAACUAUCAUCGGAGGUCUGGAACAACUCGUAACGAGUGCCGUCAGUAACUUGCAAACUUACACUAAUACUAUCACUGACAUGGACUGCGCGACCACACAGACACAGAGCACUGAUUUCCGUCUAAGAACGAACCUGUACAUCGCACUAGAUUCCUCGUGGUCAUACCAACUGAUAUCACCCGCCAUCUCUUACUUAGUAGACUCUAUUGAGGUGGGCAAGUUCGGAUCUAGUGUUACUUUGCUAAGCGCAUUUGAUGGAAGAGUUAUCGUUAACACAACUCACUCUCCUGCUGAUUUCUACUCUGCAUACAAUGCUACCACACACGCAUCAAUAAUAGCAGGAGUGAAUCUUGAAACUAGUUUGACUAACAUCAAGGUGCUGUUACAAGAAACAGCCCUCAAUGAGAGCUUGAGAAACUACGUCGGUGGCAAUUCUUCGGUUCUAGUAUAUCUGAUUAACACCGGCAACUUGCAGACCACCACCCUGGCCUGGGAACAGGCGCGAGAGAUAAACAAUACCUUACCUGAUGUGAGGGUUUUGUAUGUGAGCGGAACUAAUCAGUUCGAUACCCUAUGGAGCUACGUUAGAGACAUGUAUAGUGACAUUUUCACUGUAACUCUGAAUACUGCGGGAACUGAUUUAGAGAACAGUAUGGGUCCUGUUCUUCGCCGGAUCCAAAGUGUUGGUAGAAGAAUCGUCAACCCAACGUGUGGUUUCUUAUUCGAGGGAGGUACCUCUGGCACAAGGCAGUUUGACGACUAUGUUGAACCGGGUUACAUUAACUUCUACAGGAUGAGUGCCAACUACUUCUACGAAAAUAAUGAUAACAGAAAGGUCAGGGUGUCCCGCAGCGGCACGGGAGCAGGAGCUCUCGUAGUCUGUCAUUCUCGAACCGUCGUCCAUCCCAGACGCAACGCAACUACAUCAACAGUGGCAGUAGACAACACAACGGUGACAUGCCAGACACUGAACAGCGGUAAUGUGGAGAUCAGCCUGCAGAACGCCUGCGACGGCUCAUGGUACAUCAACGAGUGUGCUCCACUCUACAUCUCUGUGCAAUCGGACACCGGGGUUGCAGCAGGCUCCUUCGCUAGCGCUACAUGCGCAGAUCCAAACAUAUGCAGGUUCCCGUACGACAUCAGAUACCAAGUACAAGUAGAGGAGCUAGGAUGCUUCAGCGGCGCUAGCAGUAUCACAGCUAGCUUCCUCGUCCUACUCACCGCCUUGUACCUCACCUUAUGUUCUUCAUAAUUAUUUUUUACUGCUAGAGUUAAACCUACCGAUUAUUUUUAAUACCUUUUAGUUAUCUAGAUUAUUUUGAAUUACGUCAUUACGAAUGACGAAAAUGACAACAAGACGUUAUUUUAAGAGGAUCGCUUUGUUUCUGAAAAUAUUGCACUUCUAUGAUUUUACAGAUCUAUAGUGCCUAAAUGCCUAGUGAGAAUUUUAAUUACAGGGUAGCCAUUGUGUUAAAUGUUUAACAUUACCUAAAUUCUAAUACUAAUCGAUUUUACCAAUUCAUGCAUACCUAUAUUCUAUUGUAUAUUGUAAUUUAGUUUAUUUUCAAAUAUUCGAAGUAAAAUAAUAGUUAUUCUUAGAACUUAUAUGAUAAGUCUACGAACGCAUUUAUUCAGUUUCUGUAAGAUUGUGCUUUCGGUUUUUUUUUUACAAAUAAAUAUUUAGUUAACACAA